AUGGCUCUUAAUUCUGCGACUCGUGCGUAUCGCGCAGGAGACCAUCUCCUCGUCGUCCAUGAUUUCGAUGCGCGCUCAGAGGAUGAACUCACCCUGCGACGGGGCGAGAAAAUCGAGUUGGUCGAGUUGGAUGAUGGUUUCGGCGAUGGAUGGUAUCUAGGAAAAGACAUCAAGACUGGAACGACAGGUCUUUUUCCAGGAGUCUAUACCACAAAGGCGCCCAAUAUUCCUGUGCGACCUCGGACCGAUGGCCCAGAAUCAGAUGCGCCCAAGGCGAAUGAAACUGGGGAGCCAACGUCUGCCCGAGAGACUCCCACGUCAGAAACCAGUGACAUCGUCCCAACACCCAAGAGCGAAGAUUCGACUCCCCACGCGUCUCGCCACGCUAGCAUGACUGACCUUCGGGCUGCCCACGGAUCAAAUGAAACGAAACCGUCCCUUCUCGCACCGAAGCAGCAGCAGCAGCAACAGCAAAACCGAUCCAGCUCUUCCCCCUUGCCGAGCUCAACAAUGGCGGUGGAUAUCCAACAAUCCAUCAGACAGACUCUCGGUCCACACAUGAACGGCCAAGAUAGCCCAGUUAUGAACGAGACACUCAGUGUGAUCGACGAGCAUAUCACAGAUCUCAGCACUCCACGCCACAGCGUCAAGCCGUCCACCGACCAGAAAACAAUCAAUGACUCUGCAAGUGAAUAUAGUGCCCACAUGGACAACCGGAUGUCUUAUAUAAAUGGCCAUGAGACCGAUGAGGAGGAAAAUAAUCAGCCCUCUGAGGAAGAGGUGCGGAAAUGGGGCAUUCCGGAGACUGUCAAACAAUUGCGUCAGUUAGGGUUGGAGGACAAGCACUGCAACAUCUUUGAAGAACAGGAAAUCACAGGAGAUGUGCUUUUGGACAUGAACCAGGAUUUCAUCAUGAUGAAAGAAUUCGAUUUCGGAGUGAUGGGACGACGUCUGAAAACCUGGCAUAAAAUCAAGGCGUUCCAAGAGGAGACAAAAGGUUACCAAGAACAACAGCCGCCCACUGCCCGGGGAUCACUCACUGCCUUUUCGACUGCAUCUGAAGAACGCUCUAUGAGCCGUGCUGGUCAAACAGGGCCGCUGCGUCCGCGAGUACCAAAUUACAGGGGCUCAUUCAGUGGUACCACUCAGCAUCCGCGACUGAUAAGCAACAAUGCUCAUAGCGAGACGAGUUCCCCGAUCACCCCGCAGACUCCAUCAUUCAUGGACCACUCGCGGCGGCCUUCUGCGGCGUCGAUUCGGGAGAUCAAUCACCAAAGGCGGCAUUCAUCCAUGGACACGACGAGCCGCUAUUCAAGUGCUGGAGAUAUCUCUCCACAUGUCGGGGCGGCCCACGGCAAGAAGGGAUCCCUCGACCGUGGCUGGACAAUGUCCCUUGGCGCACAGCGAGCAACCCCUCGUCCAGGAACCGCUUUAGGGGCUUCUAGCACUGGAUCCUAUCACCAUGCCAACGGCGUGGACUCAGCGGUGACUGACGAUUUGGAUCGUGGGUAUUUCUCAGGACCGGAGACAGACUCGCGAAUGCCGCGUAGAGUCCUACAGAAGCGAGCGUCGGUGGCCGGUAGCGCUCACUCGUUGCAAUCUAACCAAACUGAUGAGCAGAUUCGGGCCAACCAAAGGCAUUCUCGAAUCAGCAGCGUAGACUCAAUUACAGACGGACCCCCAAAUACUUUGAACUCGGGAACCACAUAUCCUCUCCCUUCUUCCAAAGGCCGGCUGCGGAGUUUGAGUACCCGAAUAUCUUCUCAGCAAUCAUCUCGCAAUUCCGGACCCAAAGGGUCGGGGGGUGGAUUUUUCUCAUCUUUUGCACCCAGGGUCGGAAAGCCCGACUCGGACUCUGGGCGUUCCACGCCGCAACCAUUUCAGCAAAUAAAAAGCGCUGCGCCAAAGUUUCGACGUGCCGUUGGGCUCCGGACGAUAUCCGAUACAGCUAGCAAGGGUAACGAUACGUCCGUAGUUCCUGCGUCUCCUGUUAAUGAUACCGACCCGGCAACCACUCGAACGGGUUCGACUACGCCUUCGACAUCGAAGAGCUCUGAACGACAUAGCACUGACGGCUCCGGAAAGACUGCGGAAGGUGGCGCACUAUUGCCCCGCGCGCGGCCUUCUCUUAAGGCCGGUGUGAAGUCGAAGAAGGACACGAGCGCUUACACAAGGGGCCUGGAAAGGAAGCCACCCCAGGAACAGAUGGAUGGUUGUGAUUUCUCUGGCUGGAUGAAGAAGCGCUCUUCAAACUUGAUGACGACUUGGAAACCUCGCCUCUUUGUCUUACGUGGUCGUCGUUUGUCAUACUACUAUUCGGAAAACGAUACGGAGGAACGGGGCCUGAUUGAUAUCACCUCCCACCGAGUUCUCCGGGCCGACAAUGAUCCCAUCAUUGCAAUUCACGCAACUAUCACGGGUUCUACAGUUUUGGCCACAUCCCCAGCCGGCAGUGCACCGGCUGGCAGUAAUGGCUCGAUCUCGGAAAACGGUUUGACGGCGCCGGAAUCAAAGCGCGGAUCGCGCUUGGACAAGGAAGGGCCAUUCUUCUUCAAGCUAAUCCCGCCUAAGUCGUCUCGUACUGUGCAGUUCACAAAACCUGCAGUCCAUUAUUUUCAGGUCGACAGCGUCAAGGAAGGCCGGCUGUGGAUGGCUGCGUUGAUGAAGGCUACUAUCGAGCGGGACAUUCACCUUCCGAUUGAAACCACCAAUAAACAGAGGACCAUCAGCCUCAAAGAGGCGCAGCUGACGAACCAGCGACCCCCAGCGUUAAUGAAUGAAGGCGAAGGACCGGGUAAAGAGCCCCUGGUCGAAGACACCGCGGUUGAAGAUGCUGCGGGUGAAAACGCCGCAAAGGAAGAAGAAGGUUCUGGCUUGAUGAUCCAGGGUCUUGACAUGGAGCAAGUCGACUCGCCUGUUGAUGUGGGUGAUCUCAAGCGCUCCUCUAAUCCGCUGGGUGACCUUGACACUGGUCCGUCAUCUUUGCUUCCAGAUGCGGCUCGCAAUUCUCAGUGA